AUGUCUCAAGCUCUUCAACUUCCGAUCAUUGACUUGUCUUCAACCGAUCGCCUCUCCACCGCCAACUCUAUCCGUCAGGCAUGUUUGGAUCAUGGUUUCUUUUAUCUUGUGAAUCAUGGGGUGGAGGAAGAAUUGCGUAAUGAAGUUUUUGAGCUUAGCAAGAAGUUUUUCUUGCUCCCACUAGAAGGGAAGAUGAAAUUGGCUGUCAAGAAGCACAGCGGUUACAGAGGGUCGUAUGCAGAGAAAUUUGAUACUUCUUCAAGUGCCAAAGGUGACUCUAAGGAAAGCUUCAUUGUCGGUCCAUUAACAGAAAAUCACCUGAAUCAAUGGCCUUUUGAAGAAGAACUGCCAUCUUGGAGAAUCGCAAUGGAGGCUUACUAUAAAAAAGUGCUGUCAGCUGGCACUAAGUUGAUUUCUUUAAUUGCCCUGGCUUUGAACUUGGAUGAGGAUUUCUUUCAAAAAUUGGGAGCAUUUAAUGAACAUCUGUCUUUUAUGGGCUUGUUUCAUUAUCCAGAACCCGUGGACUCUUCUGAGGAAGAAACACAUGGUGCUUCUGCUCAUUCGGAUUACGGAAUGAUCACUCUUCUGCUGACUGAUGGCGUUCCAGGGCUUCAGUUUUGCAGGGAGAAAUCCAAGGAACCACAGGUUUGGGAGGAUGUGCCAAGCGUAAGUGGAGCAUCCAUCGUUAACAUCGGGGACAUGAUGGAGAGGUGGACUAAUUGUUUGUUCCGGUCAACAAUGCACAGAGUGGUGGCAACAGGAGAAGAACGCUACUCUGUAGCAUUUUUUAUAAAUCCCGGCAAAGAAUGCAUGGUCGAAUGCUUGGAAAGUUGCUGCAGUGAGUCUUGUCCCCCAAGAUUUCCACCUAUCCGAAGCUUACACUACCUGCAAGAACGCUAUAGAGAUGUAAUUUUGGUUUCUCCUGAAAGUCAUGAACUAUUUCCCCAGAUUGAAAGCCACACUUAG